AUGUCAGCAAGGUCAGCAAAGAGUGUUAUGGUUAAGCUUAUAGUUGGAGCGGGACAAGCAGCUCCUGCUCCUCCUGUGGGACCAGCCCUUGGUUCAAAAGGGGUAAAAGCCAUUGACUUUUGUAAAGAAUUUAACGCGAGGACAGGACAUUUUCAACCAGGCACUCCUAUUCCUUGUUUACUCACAGUGAAACCAGACAGGACAUUCACAUUUGAAAUGAAAUCUCCACCUACUUCGUGGCUAUUAUUGAAGGCAGCUCAGGCUUCAAAAGGUGCUGACAAACCAGUUCAUAAUCAUGUUGGAGAGAUAUCCUUGAAGCAUGUCUAUGAAAUUGCGAAAAUUAAGAAGACAGACGAGAGACACAAGGAACUUGAUCUUCAAUCGAUUUGUGGUGCUAUAAUACUGACGGCUGAAGUGAUCGGUGUACGCAUUGUUCCAUAA